AUGUCUUCUCUGGUUCCAAAACUGUGGGACUACAUCCCAGAAGAAAUCCUGGUCCACAUACUCUCUUAUGUUUCUCUUCAGACUAGAUGCACAGUCUUACAGGUGUGCAGACAAUGGGCUGCAGCUGUUUCUUCUAGCUCUCUUUGGCACUUUACAGAGAUCAGUUGUGAUUCAGAGGAUGAGGAGAGCAUGCUGCAGAGCCUGAGCUGGUUCCUCAGCCGUAUCAAACACCUGAAGAUUGUGUUUGACCAGUCCAGGGAGGUCAGCAGGCAGAAUGUGAGAUGCAUCUUGGAUGCAUUGGCGAAAGAGAACCACACAGUGCAGCAGCUGCGCAUUGUGUGCCGUGGGGAGAACCACUAUUUCUACUCUGGCAGGGACAUCCUAGAGGGCAUAUGGAAUUUAUGUGACACUAAGAACCAGAUUGAUCUUCGGUGUAUUGAUUUUCGGAAAAUGCCUUUCACUCUUGAUAAUGAGCUUGUUGAACUCUUAGCUACCACCAACCCAAACUUGCACAGCUUGUUCAUCAACAACCAUGCUCUGCAAUACAAUGUGACACCAGAUACCAUCAGGAAAGUUCUCAGAGUGUGUCCCAGACUCUCAGCGUUGGGGGUUUCCUAUUCCAGCUUGUCUGACAAGGUGUUACAGGAACUGCUCCAGCCUGGGAGAGCACCCUUCACCCAUUUAGACAUUUCCUAUGGGUGCCCAGACAAAUAUAUACCAGUCAUCUCAGCAGAGCUCUGGGCUGCUCUAAGUCAAAAGCAUCCUCAACUCUGUGUAGACCUGGAGUUUGAUUCUAUAAUCCCUGUCUGCAAGAUACCAGAGAUCCUAAAGCCAAAUAUUCCUGUGAGUACACUGCAAUUUAAUGCCCAACUUUACGUGGACGAUGAGAUUAGGUAUGUCACCCAGAACUACAGCAGGACAUUAAAGAAGCUGCUGCUGGAAACCUGGCCCUCAGAGGACUUGAAUUCCUCACUGAUAGAUCUGGCUAGGCAGUGCAGAAACCUGUUGGAGAUCCACUGCAACUGUGUGGUCAGCCAGGAGGUGGUGGAAGCGUUCCUCACACACUGCCCCAGGCUGAGGUGGUACACCCUGAAGGUCGGCAAGGAACGGCUCCCCUGGCAGUGA